AAGCAACAUGGAGGUAUUGGGAAUAGAAGCUAGCGUCAGGAGUGAUGAUAGAGAUGAAAAUACCGCCGUUAAAGUUCCCGAAAGGAUGUUACGGAGGGAUCAAGCGAGGCAGGAAGAGAUAGAGCGCCGGAGAAACGUCAAGGAGAGCCAGACCGUGACGGAGGAAAAGAGCGAUUUCUUCAUGUCUACAUUCUAUGCAGAGAAAGUAGCAGUGGAGGAGAUGAUCUCCAACUGUGAACAUGUUGAUCGUGAUAAAGCCUCAAAAGCACUGGAGGAGGCAACUGUCAAAGUUCAACAGCUCCAGAAGUUCCUGAAUGACAGCAUCAUGUUUCUGACGCAGUAUAAAAUAAGACAUGCUCAAGAAACCAUGCAGCAACUCCAGACCUCUCUGGCUGAGAGAAGAGAGCAGUUGUUGCCUAAAAAGAAAUUUGCCUUCAGAUCAAGGAACACAAGUAAGCAGCCUGCACCAAAUCAAGAACCAACAGUAAAGUCUGCAUCUGAUGUGGGUGGGAGUGUAGUAGUCGAUGCUUCUGUUCCUAUAGAUCAGUGUGGAUUCUCAAAUGUUGACAAUGAAGUCUUGAUCAAGCUAGCAGAGGAGAUCCAGCAUCAGGAUGUGCUGUUAUCUCACCUGACAAACUGUAAAGUGAGACUUUAUGGAUGUCCGAGCACCGUGCACAUUAAGAAUGUCCGUAGCUGUGAGAUCCUCUGCGGGCCAGUGUCCAGCUCUGUAUUUGUUGACCAGUGCACUGACAGCAUAUUAGUUUUCCCCUGUCAGCAGUUGCGCACCCAUAACACCACAGCCACUCAGAUAUACCUCCAUGUCACCAGCCGAGCAAUUAUAGAGGACUGCCAAGGGGUCCGGUUUGCCCCAUUCACAUGGACUUAUCCCGGGAUUCAAGAUCAUUUCAAAGUAUCUGGACUUGAUCCGGACAGGAACAACUGGACACAGGUGGAUGAUUUCAAUUGGCUUGCUGCUGGCACACCAUCACCCAAUUGGACUGUCAUUCCUGAGACUGAGAGAAUGUCUGGUUGGGAUUCUGUUGGACCAGCCUCUCAACAGUCAUGAUCAUGAUGUGUUUACAUUACAAAAUUAAGCACUGAUCUGUCUGGAGAAAAUAAUACUUCUUAAUGUAGUGAUGCUAUGCAUAAACAUGAAACUAACAUCAUUAAUGCGUUGUAAGAAAAAAAGUAACAUUGAAAUGAACUUAUUUCAAUUUUGUGAUUAAUUGCAGUUCACUCACCAAGUAUAUGCAUGUAACCAAAAUAAAUAAAUAAAUAGAAUCAAAUUCAAAAUGUUUUCCACAGGUUAUUGGAAGAGAUUAUGUCAAAUUUGUCUGAAUAAAGUUUGGUAAUAUGUUUGCAAUUCAACAGAAUUUUUUUUCGGGUUUAAUCGGACCCUAAUUUAAUCAGAUAUGGGCCUACUAAUAAGCUAACAUUGUCAAUCCAUCCAAAAGUAAUAAUACAAAAAGUAAAUCAAGUAAGCUCUUCAGUGUAAAAUUGUAUUGAUUUUGUCCCAAAAUGUAUUUCCCUUAUAAAGGAAUUGUUCACCCAAAAAUUAAAAUGAUCUUAGACUCUUCCUCAUGCCGUCCCAUGUGUAUGACUUUCUUCCUUCUGCAGAACACAAAUUAAGAUUUUUAAAAGAAUAUUUCAGCCCUGUAGGUCCAUACAAUGCAAGUGAAUGGUGAUCAGAACUUUGAAGCUCCAAAAAGCACAUAAAGACAGUAUAAAAGUAAUCAAUGCAACUCCAGUGGUUUAAUGUCUUCAGAAGUGAUAUAAUAGGUGCUGGAGGAGAAGCAGAUAUUUAAAUCCUUUUUUUUAUGUAUUUUUUUACUAUGAAUCUCCACAUUUACUUCCAUGUUAUUCUGUUUUUUUUUUGUUUUUUUUGGCGAUUCACAUUCUUCGUGCAUAUCCCUAC